GAGGGGGGUGGGGGGAAUCUCCAUUCUGCUGCCAACAAGACUGCAGACGGCUUGCAGGAUCUCCAUUGAUCCUGUUGAAAUUUCAAUCUACUCGUCGCUUUGUUUAGAAACUCCCUCACUUUCAGAAUGAGUGAACAUGGCAUAAUGAUGAGCUACAAUGCCGAUGGAUGUUUGGAGUACGAUGAUGGCAGCUACCCGUCUGGAAAAGCCCCAGCACCUGGGCCUUACCUUGUUAUAGAUGACAAUCUUGUGAAGGAAUUAAACCAGAACUUCUACAGCGAUCCUAAGAACAUUCUGGCCCAAAAUGUCUGUACUCGCCAUGAUCCGUUGGAACUGGCCAUCAGCAGAAGAAAAGUUUCAGAAAUAAAUAAUGUUUUCACUCACAAGGUGGAAGUGGAGGGUAAGCCUGUGACAAACCAGAAAAACAGUGGGCAGUGCUGGUUAUAUGCUUGUUUGAAUGCCAUUAGGAUCCCAUUUAUGAAUGCCUUCAAUCUUACGGAGUUUGAAUUCUCCCAAGCACAUCUCUUCUUUUGGGACAAGGUCGAAAGGAGCAACCACUUUCUUCAUAGCAUCAUUCAAACUGCUAAUUAUCCUAUUGAUGAUAGAACUGUUUGCUUUCUCCUGUCUGACCCAAUUAAUGAUGGAGGCCAAUGGGACAUGAUGGUAAAUCUCAUCACCAAGUAUGGGCUCAUGCCUAAAAAAUGUUUCCCAGAAAGCUUCAGUGCAGAAUGUUCUGUUCGCAUGAAUAACAUCCUGAAAAGCAAGUUGAGGGAAUAUGCCAAAGAAAUUAGACAAGCUGCGGCACAAGGUGCAGACAAACCUUCACUUCAGCAACUUCUCAACCGCCAGAUGACCACUAUUCACCGCAUUGUUGGGAUCUGUCUUGGUGUGCCUCCAACCACCUUCACUUGGGAGUACUACCAGAACAAAAAUACCUAUGCAUCUCUAGGACCCAUAACACCAUUGGAGUUUUAUGAGCAGCAUGUGCGUUCUCUAUUUGACGUGAAAGAAAAGGUUUGCCUGGUCACAGAUCCAAGAGACACAAACCCCUACAACCAACUGUAUAAGGUACGGUUUUUGAACAAUGUUGUUGGUGGCAAACCUGUUCUUUACAACAACCAGCCUAUAGAAAUUCUUGAACAAGCUGUAGCUGAAAGCAUUAAACAAGGUGAAGCUGUGUGGUUUGGAUGUGAAGUCUUGAAACGAUUUGCCCUUAAGUUGGGAGUUAGCGACUUGGAUGUGCAUGACUAUGAAGUACUUCUAGGCACUGAUGUUUCACUUCCUCUCACGAGGGAAGAACGCAUUUUGUACCAUGAUUCAGCCAUGACUCAUGCCAUGGUCAUAACAGGAGUUUCCCUUGAUAGUGAAGGCCGUCCCACCAAAUGGAGAGUACAGAACUCUUGGGGAGAAGACAGAUGUGACAAGGGUUACAUAACGAUGAGUGCUGAAUGGUUCCGUCAGUAUGUGUUUGAGGUGACAAUCGACAAGAAGUACCUCUCUGCGGAAGUGUUGGCUGUGUAUGAAAAAACACCUCGAGUUUUGCCACCUUGGGAUCCCAUGGGUGUGCUUACUCAAGGAAAGGCAAAUUAGGACAAUUCAAGUUGAGGAUCUGAAUUUCUGCAGGGUAUUAUGGGACUUGGUUGAAGAUAAAUUUAUAUUUUAAGUCACAUCUGAAGAUCUUGCAGGAAUUUUGUGUCCUGUUACUUAAGUCUUUGGUAACAAUGUGAUGUGUGAGUGAUUCUAUUGUGAGUUCUUUUUAAUUGGACAAGUGUGGAGCAGAACACAUUUCAAUAGAAUUAUCUCUGUUCACAAACCACAGACAUUGGGAUAUUUUAACGUUUUAUCUUGUUUUGUUUCCUUCCUACUAAAAAUUAAGUGACACUGAA